AUGAGCUAUAAGAACUUAAUACUUUUAUGCUUCAUUCUGCUUUUCGCAGAAUCUGUGCUAGGUGUACCGUUAAUUCCAGUCAAGCCAAGUAAAGAUGAAUUCUAUACUCCUCCAGCAGGAUAUGAGAACCACAGCAAUGGUGAUAUCCUUAAAAUGAGACCUACACCCCAAAAAUUAAGGAGUGUUUUCUUGCCAAUUAACAUUAAGAGUUCAUGGCAAGUUCUCGUCAAAUCAACCGAUUCUUUUGGUAAUGCAACUGCUAUUGUCACAACUAUAAUGGAACCAUAUAAUGCUGAUCCAAGCAAGGUUGUUUCGUAUCAGGCUUUUGAAGAUUCAGCAGCAUUGGAUUGUGCUCCUUCGUAUGCGUACUUAUAUGGAGCAAGUGCAGCCACCAUCAGUACUCAAAUCGAAAUGUAUUUUAUUCAAAUUGCUUUAGACAGAGGCUGGUAUGUGGUUUCCCCAGACUAUGAGGGCCCUAAAGCUACAUUUACAGUAGGGAAACAAUCUGGACAUGCAACAUUAGAUUCUAUUCGAGCUGCACUUCUGACAUCAGGUACUACUGGUAUCAAUAAAGAUGCCAAGGUUGCCAUGUGGGGAUAUUCAGGCGGCACUGUUCCUUCUGCUUGGGCUUCUGUUUUACAACCAACAUAUGCCAAAGAGUUAAAAUCCAACUUAAUAGGUGCAGCAUUGGGUGGGCUUGUUACCAAUAUUACUGGUACCGCCGAAGGAGUUGAAGGGACCUUCUUUGCAGGAUUAACAAUUAGCGCUAUUACUGGAUUGGCUGGUGAAUAUCCUGAACUUAAAACGGUAAUUUCUAAGCAGCUUGUUUCAACGAAAGCACUUCUGUAUGAAAAAGGUGAUAGAUUAUGCUUGGCACCUGCUCUUUUUAAUUAUGCAUUUCGGAGAAUAUUUUCAGGUCCAUUGAGGUAUGUAAAGGAUGGGUGGGAAGUCUUGAGUAUUCCAGUAAUUAAAAAGAUAAUUGAUGAGAACACGUUAGCUUUAAGCAAGGGAAGUCCAAAGCCUGAAGUCCCCAUUUUCGUAUUCCACGGAGCAAAGGAUACACUCGUUCCAUUCAAGGAUGCACAAAGAGUUUACGAGAACUGGUGUGAAGAGGGAGUCAAGUCUUUUGAAUUUGCUAUCGAUAAAUCAACUGGGCAUAUUACUGAAUUAUUAGCAGGGACUCCUGCAGCAAUUGCAUGGAUAACUAAAAUGUUCAAUGGAGAAGAGCCAGUUAAAGGAUGUACCAGGACCGAAAGAAAAUCCAAUUUAGAGUAUCCAGGAUCCGAUCGCUCUAUUUUCGAUUUCUUAUCUGCUGCUGCUACAAGUAUACUCGGGUUUGAAAUUGGACCGAAUGCCGAAAACCUUGACCCUAAUGGUGAGAAUAUCAAAAUUUCGACUAGUGCUAUUAAGGAUACAGGAAUUCCACUAGACGAGAAUAUGGAACACAGCGUUCAGAAUAUAACUACAAUUGGUAACUAG